AUGCUUCCUCCCACCAUUAGCGAAGAGGCGCGCAGUCUUAACCCGGGUGUUGAACGUCUGACAUCCUCGGCCGUCUUCGCCAUGACCAAGGAGGGCAAAAUCGUCAACAAGUGGUUGGGCAAGACCGUUAUCAAAUCUUGCGUGAAACUGUCAUAUACCGACGCUCAGAAAGCUAUCGACGGUCACAUUCUGGGCGAUCUCGUGGUCGCUCCGGAACGCAGUACAUUAGCGAUCAUCCAUGACCUCAAGGUCCUGAAUGGUCUCGCAAAGCAGCUUCGUGCUGCACGCACUUCAGUGUUAAACGUGCCAACUACCGCUUCCGCAAACGAAAUACGGGAACGCUACAGAGCAUUGUCUGUAAUUUUUCGCCCCGAUAAGCAAAGCGGGGAACGGACAAGGGACACUGCAGCUGUGGAAUUCCUUGAAAUUCAGAAGGCUUACGAAGUUUCGUCAGACCCUCUUAUUCGUCUUGACAGAUACGUGCGCAUCUUCGACGUUGGAGGAUCGAUCGUAAUCAAGAAGUGUUUGAUCACCUCAUUCGGCCAAGAGGCACUGUGA